CUGAGCCAAACACAUCAAAGUUAAGAAGCGCAACUGAUUAUGCUGAUGAAUCGUGACGCUAAAUCAGAUUCUCACGAAACAAGGCCCUGAAUACUGACUGACGCAGGUCUGACGAACUGUGCAAGAUGCUUCCCAAAAAGACUAUCUGCGCUGCUGAUCUUUGCUCUGGAGAAAUCAUUUUUAAUGGAUGGACGAUUAACAUGACUUUGUGCGGUUAUACUUAUAAAUCGUGCUUACUAGAAAAUUCUAUCUUAGGAUUUUACUUCCCACUUUUACGCUGUUCUUUAUAAAAAUCUUUGAAUAUUAAUCCUUUUUGAAAUGAUUAAAUGAUAUGAAAGAAAAUCUUCUGACCUACCUUACGCUGGUGGAAGAAUAAAUGUUCUUUGAUACCUAAGCCUCUACGAAAUUAGCUUUUAAAAUGGAGUUGCUUUUCAUACAUAAAUGUUGAGUUAAAAACAGUACUGAACAAGCAUGCAUUUUGCUCAAUAUUUGAACGAUUCAGACGAAGUGAGUGAUGUACUUCACUGCGUUAACUCGGUGAUUACAGAAAGCCCACCUGUUGAAGAUACUACAGACUUUGGCCCUCAGUAUCACAGAACAGCAAGGAUAUGCACUCUUCUGGUUAUGAUCUUUAUAUCUCUUCUAGGAAAUAGCAUGGUGUGUUGGCAACUGUUGCCUCUUCGUAGAAGACGUUUUCCGAAGUCUAAAAUACUUUUCCUGAACUUAGCAGCAGCAGAUCUAUUUGUAACACUCGUGACCAUGACAUCGCAAACUAUUUGGGAAAUUAUGGGAAAGAUUUGGUUGGCAGGAGAUGCUUUCUGCAGAAUCGUGAAGUUCUUGCAAACAUAUUCUCUCACCCUGUCCACUUACAUGCUGGUAGCAAUCGCGCUAGAUAGGUAUAAUGCUAUAGUGAGACCUUUUUCUAGGACUCCAAUGCCAAAAUCUUACGCAAUUGCCGCUUGGAUUGCUUCUCUUUUGCCGUCUUUACCAUGCUUCUAUAUUUUCCAUGAGGUGAAAAAGUCUGAAACUGUCAGCUACUGUGUCUCAAUCUUCUAUACAUCGCAGUCACCGUACUAUCGGCGUCAGAUUUACAUGGCAUUCGUUUUCCUGUCCAUAUUCAUCGUCCCUUUCUUAUUGCUUUUAGGUCUUUACACCAGAAUUCUGGCAGAAAUUUGGACUCAGUCAUCAGUUUUUUCUUCGAACGAACAAAGCGCAUCGUCGUUACCAAGAGCCAAAAGCAAAACUCUAAAGAUGACGCUUGUUAUAUUCUUGGCAUUCAUUGUCACCAAUCUGCCAUAUGUAAUUCAAGAAAUGAUACUAGCUUUCGGCGAUUCCAGCCUUCUCAAUCCUAAUAUUGUUGCCUUAUUUGGUGUAAUAUCGGCUAGUAACAGUGCCUUCAAUCCUUACAUCUAUCUCAUGUUUCAGUCUAAAGAGACGUGGUUUGGGAGAUGCUUCCGACUGCUGAGGAAUAACUGUCAAUGCCCAAAGUCCUCAAACAGACCCGGAAACACGACAUCUUUUGUAUCUGCGUCAUCCAAAACUUCGUCAAGGAACGAGAUCAAUACUCAUAGUCUGCUCCCUCAAGCACAAGCGAUCAAAGUUUCUUCUGGAAACAUCAGCAAGAAAAGCGAAGAAACAUAUCUCUGAGCUGCAGCAGUGCUUAUAAUCGUUCUUUAAAUAUUGAACAACUAAAUACUAAUAUUUUAGCUUUAUUUACGAACUGUGUAGCAUUAAUAUAAUAACUUGCAACGUUAUUUUUUUUCUCGAUGUAGCAGAAAUCCUACUAAGUGUGAUGACUGGCAUAAUUCUUAAAUACAGUGUGUGUGUGUGUGUGUGAUUAUGGCAAAGCCUCGAGGGCUAUCUGCCUAAGGGGAGGGAUGCCUUCGUGGAGGACUUUCUAAGGGAAACAGGCUCGUAUACACGUUACACAUGGGGAAAACCACGAAAACGCCCAUGCAGCCAGCCCGUUCGCGGGAUUCGAACCUCUGACCGAACUACCAGUGUUCAGCGACUUUACCGCUCGGCCGCUGGUGGGCUAAUUCUUAAAUACACAUCGGUGUUUUUAAUCAAGGGAGUGUUAUCUAUCUAGUUAAGAGAAUUUGAAAAGAUAACAGAUGUAUAGUGGAUACUAUGAAUAACUGCGAAAUAAGAAAUAACCAAGAGCGUUCAAAGUUUCAGUGUCACAAGAGCAGGAAAAGCUCAUUGGCCUGCAUUUGGAGCCAUCCCUUGGUGACGAUAUCGAUGUAAACGUACGAAUUAUACGUCUGAUCGUGUUAAUGGCUGUCUGCCCAUUCAUUGUAAAAUACUAAAGUCAUGAAUAAUAAUAAAGUAUUCAUGCAUGCAUAAUUAUCUUCAAAUCAUAAACCAGUUGUUGCUUGUAACCUGCUUGUAACAUCAUAUUAAAUAUAUAUGUUCUUUUACUUGUUAAACAUUAGCUGUAAAAGCAUUAAAUCAGUUUGAACAACACCUGCAAUAUCUAAAACUCGUAAGGUCAUAUUAUUUAAGAAUGCAAUUGAAUCCAUCUUGGAUUUUAUAUGGAAGGAGAUCCAGUAUUCGGAAAGUAUUUAAAAGUUUUAUGUCUGAAUAAUUUUACAAUGCAUAAUAAAGAAUUUACUACAGAAAGCCAUAAUGUACUAAUUUUUAAGAAUAAUAAAUUUUAAAUAACAAUUACAUCCACCAAAAAAAGCGCUUAUAUACAGUAGGACAUAAUACUAAGUUUGAAGAUAAAUCAUUAAUACAUUUCGAACAACUAAAACAGCAUUUCAAUGACGUUGGAUACCUAUGACUUCAGGUGACCCAUCAACCAAACUCUCAGGAUUUCAGAUACGAAUAUGGGCAUUCAUGUUGAAAGUCGGUUCUCUUUGCAUGUAAAGACUAGUAGUUUCUUGCAGAAAAAACACGGACUGAUACAGUAUCGUAUCUGAAUAUCACAAAAUCAUAUUUCCUUUCUUGAAAAAUUGUAUUAUAUGUGACACAUUUUGAAAGCCCUUUCUUCCCGCUGAGGAAGAACUCUGUUUUGUAACAGCAUUCUGAUACCCUGGAAGGCCUGGUCAAGGGAGCUCUUAAUACAUGGUAGUGGUAUUCAAAAAUACAGCCUCAAAUUUAAACGUUGUUGAUAUGGUAAAAUGAUACAAAGCUAUCUAGUACACCGGAGCAGAUGAAACUAUCGAGAAUUGGAUAAAUUUCCCGAGGCUUCUGUAGCCAGAGUGCCAGCCUUAUCGCCUGAUACUGAACGUUUCAAAUGGGUGAAAUAUUAAUCAUAGUUUCGGAAUUCAAAUAACAAACGAACAAUAGCUCUGCAAGAAAAUGUUUAAUGACGCCCACCCCUCCCAAAACUCAAAUGCUAAAUAAUGGAUAUAAAAACGCAUCACUUAACCGCGCCGUUGUUAGCUCGUCGCAUAUUAAUAGCUAUUGGUUCUAAUGCUUCAUUCGAUAGUAUAAAAACAGGGAAUUUUCACGUUUCAUCACCCCAACAAUUUCAUAAUGAUUCUGGGACCUUUUCGCAAGUAGGCGAAUGCUCUCUAAAAUAAAAUUUUCCCAUGGUUGUUCCGCCAUCUUGUUGAAUAUUGCCUUCUUCGUGGAUAAAUUGAAUUUCAUAAAGGUGUCAGGGACCUUUGUAUCUUACCUCCAGGACGCCCUUAUAUCUUGGCAAACAACAGCCACAGUGAGAAAUGGUGCCUGCAACUCUUAUGCACUUUGAACACGCUGAUCAGAUCGCCCCAUCCCACCCUGUAAGAGUUCAUAUUUAUAAUAAAAGCAUGUUAAAUUCUUUUAUUUAAAAAUUUCAUAAUUUUAAUUUAAGGCAUUUAUGUGAUAAUUUCUUUGCCAUACACUGAACGUCCCAUAAGCGAAAAAAUCUUUCUCAAGAUAAAUUCUAAAAUUACGUUGAGUAUUUUACAGUUUUUCUUGACUUCAAUGUGUUUAACACAUUGAUUCGUUAAGUAUCAGUUUCCAAUUUAAAAAGUGCCCUCACAGCUUUCAAAAUUUCAAAUGGUGUCCUUCAAAUCAUCAUCCUUGUAAUUGAUUCAAGCAUAUAUUGUUUCAGUGUUUACACAAAAAGAAGUUCCUGUAGGCAAAAUUAUAAAGAGACGGUGCCAAGGCGAUCGAUGUGGACAAGAAGGUCUAUGGGUGAAAAGUCGAAAUCCAUUUCACAGCAGUCAAGGAAAUCUGAGUUUUGUAUUUUGUAUGCUAGAACUUUUUAAUGCAAAAGUAAGAUUUUCCGCUGCAUUUCUCUCAGUGUUUAACCUUCAUACUUUGCCAUAGUUGCUCAUCACCUUAGCAUAAUAAAUACCUUUAUUGUGGUAAUGUAACAUGUAAAUAAUAAGCAGUGCUGUCUUUCCAUUCCCAAAAAACGGAACCUAGAGUGUUUCCUGAUUUCUAGGUUCCGGACUUGUUAGGUUGUAGAAAUCCACAGAGUGUUUACAGGACAGGAGAAAAAAAAGCAUACCAGGACAUUACCGUAUGGUGACACAAGUAAUGAAUGUCCUGCAGAGCUGCUAAGCCACUUAAGCAUCCUACAGACGCAUAUGCUCUCUUUCGAAAAUAUUUCCAUGCAAUUAUUAUGGUCUAGUUUGUCUUCUGGAUCAGAGUGUUGAAGCUACGCUGUCACUACUCCUGAAUACAAAUUUUUAUCGGCAUUCAUCUUGAACAGCAGAGCUUUUGAGAACAUCUGAACCUAUGUUUCUUCACUUCUGGUGUCAACGUUCUGCGUAAGUAUCUGACGCAGUUAUUCAAUUUCCCCAGCUUUUCAAGCAGGAUUUUUAUCAUUGUCCCAACUCUGAUUCCCGUUUGUAUAGCAAUCUGAAGACUUGUCUGUUCUAUGUUUAACUUCACAUACUCCUGGACUUCAUAUUCCUCUUAUUACAAAAACAUAGCCCACUUACUUUUGAAUGAUAUUUCGAAAGAUGACAGCCCAUUUGGUGACAAUGACACAGAAAGAUGUUAUAUCAUCAUAGACGGCAGGCAUGCUUCUUUUGUUCUUUGUUUGUUCAAGCUGGUCUUCGAAACGAUUGUGGAAAUGGAAUUGGGCUACAGUUAUAUGCUAUGGUUCGUUAAAAAUCGGCAAGAGACGCCCCCUGUUCUUUUGUUUUCAUCUUAACUCUGUCUUGCAAAUGGGUUUAAUUCAUCUCCUUCAAAACCUAUUCGAUUUACAACUUAUUUGAACGUUAAUAGAUCUCAAACAUGUUGGUCGUAACUAUUUCAAGGCCUUUUGUGUCAGGAACUUGGCUUGCUCAUUUUCCGAAAUACUGUAGUAUCCAGGAAUCCAAUGUUAUAUAUCUCCUUUAUUUUCUGAGCUUCAAGAGCUGAAGAAAUUUCCAACACGCAAAGAUGUUCGUAAUAUGAAGAUUUUUAAUGCGACCAACACAGUUUUCUUCUAUCGCUGGCUUAGCUUUUAAUAUCUAAAGGAUCCUUCUUAUGAUGGCCCAAUUAUCAUCACUAUCGUAGUCGUUAAUAACAGGUUUUAAGCCGUAAACAGUCGAGAAAGGUAAAAUUGCGCAUGUGGUGAAUGUGAAGCUGACUCAGCGAAAUUGUUGACCGACUGUGAAUUCGUGUUUGGCUCUCUGAGAUUGAUCAGUUCUAUCAGGUUCUCAUAAAACUGAACAGUUAUAAAAUUUAGACAAAAUACUUAUAUCAGUUCUGUGACGGUGAAGUAACAAGGUUUAAUUACCUACUAAUGAAGCAACUUCUUCUUCCCCAGCUAUCAGCGUUUCGAGAGUACUUUCGGCUCGACAGUAUUUUAAGUGCUCCAUAUCGAAAAAACUAUAUUCAUCUACAAAAUCUUCCAUAUCUUUUUCUGAAUUCGAACCUUGACCCAAGUUUGCGGCAGCAGGAUAAGUUGCUGCCAUGCCAAUAGGAUAAGUGUCACAUAACACUGAUGUUCCAUUAGAUUUCGUUUGCUAGAAUGUUUGACACUUUGCAAGAGAUUAUUAGUUUCAAAUUAACAAAAAAGCAGCAUUAUUUAUUUUAUUAAUAUUAUUUUAAGUAAAUUUUGAAUAAAACUAUCGCAUUUGAAGGGCGAUUGGACAGCUAUAAUUCAGCAAAAGAAACAGAAAUUGCAAAUUAAGAGGAGUGACGUCUUCUUUUUAUAUCGAAAGAAACGAAUGGAGCAAAGUCAAUACCUACGAAGGGCCAUCGAUCGAGGAAAACAGAAACGAAAAGUGAAAAAAACUAGGCUAUUAAAAUUCUGAUCACGCUAAUGUAACAAAUAUAAAAACUACUUAAUAAAUUUUGAAAAAAAUUAGAAAGCAUUUUAUGUAAUAGAGGAAUUCAAAAAGUGGCUUUAUACUUCUGCUGAAUAUGCUUCUAAUUAUUCCUACAAUACUGCACAAUGUGUUUAAAAAGUUUUAAAUUUUUAGAGGUAAAAUUUCUUAGGGAAAAAGAGCUGUCACAAGAAAUCAUAUGUCCAAUUCAAACUUCAACACAUUUAUGUACAUACUGAUCAUGAAGUAUAACACCAUAUGAUAAAAAUGAGGCAUAAUUUUUUUUAUUACAGUUUCCACUGAUAUCACAGAUAAUAAGAAUAUGCUUCUUAUUUUUAUUUAAGAAACAGUUCCGUAGAAGAAUGAAUAAUAGUUUCUUUCAGUUCAAUAAGGCUUAAAAUUAAAAAAAGUUAAAAAAGGAAAAUAAUAAGAGAUGCUUACAUAUAUAAAUAAGGAAAUGGUAAAAUAAUAAAAACUUCGGUACUAAUGUCAAUAAAAAUUGAAACAUAUGGUCUAUAAUUAUAUAGUAAUAAUCUUCCUUAAUUCUAGUGGGAAAAUACGAUUUUUAUCCCAUUUUCAAACUCAGUUUAAUAUUUAUUGAAUUUGAUACGUAUUUAAUAAUACUGAUAUAUAUCUGAUUACACUGACGAUGUAAUACUGCAGAGCUUUUUCUGAAAAUUCUCUUCCUGAAAAAAAUAAAGAUUCUGAAUGUUAAAAUGUAUAGAUGAAAACUUUAUUGUCUUAUUUCCUUUGAAAAGUAUUCUUGUACGCAUUUUGUUACCUCUAAUGUACAACUCUGUAUUAUAUUCAUGUUAAGACUGCUUUGAUGAUUCUCGCAAAGUGGAAAUGAAUGGUGCUAAGAUUAAAGGACUUAAUGAGAAUGUGCAUUUUUUCUGUAAUUAGACAUUUUUAACAUUCAUAAUCCUGUUUCUCUUUCUUAAUAUCUGCUCACGCGAAUUUUCUGUCGGUGUUAUUUCAUCUAUUGUAUAUUUCCUUUUUUUUUGAUGUUUCUUGUUGUUAUCAUUAUUGAA